AUGGAUCAGGAAGAAAAGCCAGAAAAAAGCCAAGAGAACAAAGAGCGUCCUCUUAAAAGAAAGAGCCUGGAGGACUUCAACUGUCUCACCGUGCUUGGGAAAGGUUUUUCUGGUGAGGUUGUUCUGUCUGAACUCCGAGGCACUGAUGAGGUGUAUGCGAUGAAGAUAAUGAAGAAAGACUUGAUACUAAAAAUGGAUCUUCUGAAGUACACUCUUACGGAGAGGCGCGUCCUGGCUCUGGCCAGCGAACACCACUACCUGACGCACCUUCUCUGCUGCUUCCAGACCAAGGAUUACUUGUGUUUUGUUAUGGAAUAUGUAAAUGGAGGGGAUCUUUCAUACCACAUUGCGUGCUCAGGCAUGUUUAAUGAAGACCGCUCACAAUUUUAUGCUGCUGAAAUUGCUUGUGCGCUCAUGUUCCUCCAUCGUAAUGGGAUCAUUCAUAGAGAUCUCAAACCUGAAAACAUCCUCUUAGAUGCUGAUGGCCACUGCAAAAUUGCAGACUUUGGUAUGAGCAAAGAGAACAUUCUAGAUGGCAAGAAGGCCACUAGUCUGUGUGGCACAGACCUCUAUGUAGCACCUGAGAUGAUACAGGAAUUGGAAUAUGGCCCAUCAGUGGAUUGGUGGGCCCUAGGCGUUAUUAUGUAUGAAAUGAUGAUGGGUCAUGUGCCAUUUAAUGGUGAUGACAAAAUGAAAAUUUUUAGGUCUAUACUCUACGAUAAACCCGACUACUCAUCAAGGCUCAGCAGAAAUGCAAUCAGCAUCCUCAAAGGAUUCCUGAACAAGAGACCCAAGAAUCGGCUUGGUUAUGGCUUUGGCCUGGAAGGUACCAUCAAGGUUCAUCCAUUCUUUAAAACCAUUGAUUGGGUACUGCUGGAGCAGAGAAAAAUUCCACCCCCUUUUAAACCACAAAUUACAACAAAAAGAGAUGAAAGAGAUGAGGAUUUUAACUGUAAAAAGCUUUCUCUUGAGAAUGAUACCAUUAUCACACAGCCCUGGCAAGAGGAAUUUAAAGGUUUCUCCUACAUCAACACCAAAUAUGUACAUUAA